CUAGAGAAACAGAAACACAGACUGGAGUAUUCAGUUUUUGGUGAAGAUAACAGAGAAAGCUCCGAUCUUUCAACUUAUUGUUCAUCAAAUUGAAAAUCUGAAUCAGACCCACUGUUCUAAAGCCUCUAAUCUUUCACUCUCUCAAUUUUCUCUGGAAAGUCUGUGUUUUUUUCCCUUCUCUCGUUGACCAAACAACAACAAAAAAAGAGAGACUUUUCAAGUUUUUGCCGCUGCUGGAACUGAGCAUGAAGUGAAGCGUCUUCCCUGCUAAUAGGAUAAAUUUCUGAGCAAUUUUUAUCGCAUUGACUGGAGAUCUUGAGAGAGGGGAAGAGAGAUGAUGGAGAAGGAGAAGGAUAAGGAAAAGAAGAGUCAAGGAGCUGGAGAUACAGAUUUUGUGUUGCAAUGGGGAAGUACAAAGAGGCUUAGAUGUGUGAAAAUGAAAAAAGCCCAAAACUUGGCCAAUAAAUCUAAACUAAAUGAUUCUUUGCCCAGGAAGAAACUUCCUUCUCGCGCUGUCACUACCGAGAAAGAAUUUCCUUCUCGCCUCAUCAAGGAUUCUGAUUUGUUAACGAACAAUCGGAAGUCAUCAGUGUUGUCACCGGAUAAGGAAGAUCGGUACUACACAACAAGGGGAUCAUUGGGAUUGGAUGAUAAUAGCAAGAUUUUAGUGGAUACUGUUAAGGAAGAAAAGGUUGUUUGGCCCAGACUGUUUAUAACAUUGUCUAACAAAGAGAAGGAAGAGGAUUUCAUGGCUAUGAAAGGGUGCAAGCCUUCUCAGAGGCCUAAGAAAAGAGCCAAGUUGAUUCAACGAACUUUACUUAUGGCAAGUCCAGGUGCAUGGUUAUCAGAUUUGUGUCAAGAGAGGUAUGAAGUAAGGGAGAAGAAGACUUCCAAAAAGAGACCUAGAGGAUUGAAGGCAAUGGGAAGCAUGGAAAGUGACUCGGAAUGAGAGAUUUUGACCUUUGGCAGUUAGGAGAGACGACUAGAAACAGAAGGUUCCCUUCUUUCUUUUGUUGAAGGAGAAAAAGGAAGGAAAAGAGAAAGAGAAUGGUAGAGGUGUCUCUUUCCCACUUGGUUGUUUUUGUAGCUGUUAGCCUGUAAUUUGCUUUGUCAGUUCGAUAUUUGGAAUAUAAAAUAUUAUUUUUAUGUCA